AUGCUUGCGAUGUGAUUAUGUCUGCCAAAUGAUCCUGUCAUAUGUCUUUGUGUCUGCCAGAUGAUUCUCGAGGGCAGUCCCGAGUGGCAGUCAGAGUACCAGUUGGGUACCUCCAAGGUCUUCCUGCGGGAGAGCUUCGAACAGCAGCUCGAGAGGCGCAGACUGCGGGUCGAGGCCGAGGCAGCCAUCAAAAUCCAGAGAAACGUACGCCGGUACCAGGCCGAGAAGCGGUACCUGCGGACCCAGCAGGCUGCGGUCAAAGUACAGAGCUACUACCGCAUGUACCGGGACAGGAAGAGGUACCGUACCGUCCGCAACGGCAUGGUCAAGGCCCAGGCCAACUUCCGAAUGAAGCGGCAGCAGAAACGAUUCAGCGAGAUGAAGGGUGAGAUGAAGCGUCGCAUGCUAGCCGAACGGGCUGCCAGGGCCCGGGCCAAGACCUCGGGUGAGCGACGGGACAACGAGAGAGGUGUCUCGAGAGCGGUGGCCGGUGUCAACCACCUGGAGAUUCCUGCGGAUCUGGCGUUCAUCUUCAGUCGGCUGGAUGACUGGCACCCCGCCCACACGGACCGCAACCUAAUGAAGAUCGGAGCCCAGGUGGACCCGCCCGAGGAGCGCUUCAAUCUGCCACACGACAUCGACUACCACGCCUUCACCAAGUUCACCAACAUCUACUUCAAGGCACACCUCUGGGGCAUGAAACGGGAGCCGAUCCGCACUCCAUUCCUGGCCAAGGCGAAGGAGUCCGACUAUCAAGAGUCACUGGCGUUGUUCAAGCUGAUUCUGCGCUUCAUGAACGACAACAGUCUGAACGAUGCCAGAGAGAAGGCACUGGGAGACUACAUCGUCAACAAGGGUCUCACCAACGAGAAACUUCGUGACGAGAUCCUCUGUCAGCUCUGCAACCAGACCUGGAAGAACGACAAUGAGGCCAACGCCGAGCGAGGCUGGCUGCUCAUGUCCAACUGUCUGUCUGUGUUCCCGCCCAGCGACAACCUCUACAAGUAUCUGCUCAAGUACGUGUCAGAUCACGGUCAGAACGGUUACGCCGCCGACUGCCAGAAGAAACUGCUGCGCUCACCACCUGACGGCCGACUGAGUCGGGUCUACCCGCCCACACUACUCGAGUGGAGGUGCAACCGUAAGAAGCAGCAGAUGGCUCUGGAAGUCUCCUGUGCAGACGGACAUACGUGUUUUGCGCCCGUGGACUCCUGGACCACAGGCGAGGAGCUUGCCGCCUACGUCCUGGAAAACCGCGGUAUCGGCAGUACAUUCGGCUGGACCGCCCAAAUGACAGACGAGGGGGACCUAUACGAACUGAGCGGGGCGGAUUAUGUGAUGGACGUGAUUGGAGAGACGGAACUGCCUCCUGGCUUCCCGGCCGGAAGGAGUGGGUUCAUGGUCAGCGAGCGUGCCGGGUCAGGCAAGCAGAUGAUGUCAAUGGAUCACCAGAGCUCACCACCGGCCAAUCGGAAAGAAUCCAUUAACAGUAUCGGACAGCUCUAUGCUAAGCCCCUCCGUCAGCAGCUGCGUGAACAACAGCGGCGUACCUCGGCUCACGACGGACCGUACACGGAUGACGUCACUGGGGGAAGGAACAAGAGCCGCAGCCUCGACAACCUGCUCGAUGACGGCGAGCGGGGUCCUCGCGGUGCGCCCCACUCGCGUGCCCACCAACUGGGUCUGUCCGGGUCUCGGCUGAACGAGCGGUACCAUUCCGCUGACGUCAUCUCAGACCCCACCGCCGGAUGGAACAAACAUGGCCUCAGCGAGAGCGCGCUCAACGAAAGGUAUUUCGUCCCCAAGGGCACCCAGGGCUCGGUACCACCGGAGGAGCGGGUCGGGGGUGUUCGUCACGAGGAGCAGUUCGAGAAGAAACAAAAGGGCAGACGUCACUCGGCAGAGAGCGGGUACAGAAAACAUGAGGCCUACAACAGGGUGGACGAGUUUGGAGACCCCAUCGACGAUGCCUUCGAGGGAGAGUUCCCGCCAUUCGGGGACGAGCUGGAUGGCAGUCCGUCUCCCCGCGCUGCAAGGUACGUCAAGUCCCAGAACGCCGGGAAGCGAAGCGGUCAGAGCUCAUCGCGAGCCUACAUCGAGAGCAGGCUGACCGUGGAGAAAGAGUACCAAGUGCGCAGCUCGGCCAUGUCAGACACCAGCGAGGCGCCCUCUCUAGCCUCACACGUCCGCCGCGUGCGCGUGCCGUCUCAGGCGAGCGACAUGGAUCAGUUUGUGGACGCACUAUUCAUCCCCGCUCUGGAGGGGAGCCUGGACGAGCUCUCGGACGCGCGUUCACUGGCUGCCUCAAUCAAGGGAGGAGGUCGGAGGACGGCUGAAUCAGCCACUUCGGCUAGGACAGAGGAAGAGGCUGCUGAUGAGGGUGCUGAAGAAGCAGCUAGUGAUGCUGAGUCACAGAUGGAAGAGCUUGAUCUAUCGGUAGAUUUCUUUAGGUGCCGGCGCGACUCUCUUCGUCGCCGAGCGGUGGUGACCCAGCAGAACGUAGAGGAGUAUCUGGAGGAUACCUGUGGUCCUGUCAGCCCCGGUCUGGCCACGCUGACUGAGCCGGUCGCACUCGCCUGUGCCAUCAAAGGCGGCGUGGAGCCAGACAACACAGCCACCAGCCCUCAGCAGCAGGGACAGUUCGUGUUCCAGCCCAUCGCCGGCUCGGGGAUGAUGUCCCCACCGCCCAUGAUGAUGCCAGGAGGGAUGCCCUACUUUUCACCGCAAGGGCCCAUGUUCGGGCCUGCUACGUCACCCGAGCUCAACCAAUCAUUUGGCGAGAGAGGUGUGACGUCACCGACGCUCAGCGCUGGCCGAGAGGGGGCCACGUCCCCUGCACAAGUGCAGUAUGUGCCAAUGCCCAUGUACGGCAUGCAAGGUUUUAGCCUGCCCACCAUGCCCCUAUACGGCACGCCCGGUGUCCCGGCGCCCGACGGAUCCGCACAACCAGACCAACAACAACUCGCUUCCUACCAGCGCAUGUUCAUGCAGUCGGCCCUGGCGCAGAACAUGCAGAUUCAGCAGCAGUUGUUUAGCCAGAACCAAGCGCUGGCGCAGCUGCUGCAGGCUUCCACCGCUCCUCAGGACACCCCAACAUCCCAGGGACGCCGUCCGGAGUCUGCGGGAGCGGCCCGUGAGCCUGGCAGCGAGACCUCUCCUACAGCUGCCAACAACGAACGAAAACGGAGCACCACUUCUCAGGAGAGACCGUCGGGCAUCCCUCCCGCGCCGCCCAUGGCCAUGACUCCCGAGGAGAUGGCUGCCUUCAUGGAUCCCUCCUACACGCGCGCACGCACGGUCCGCAUUGGCAAGUGGCGCUGGCCACCGCCCAAAGGCGAGGCUGGGGCCGCCGCUGACUUCCUGCAGUUCAAACUGCAGGCCCAGCAGAGGAAACUGAGCAGUGGUCAGAAGUCGGGCAGCCGCCCAGCCACCGAUACGAGUUUCGAGGGAGUCGAGUGGGACGAAUUUGAGAUGGAGACUGCGGACGCCGCCCGGGCCCCCUCCACGCCUGAAAAUCUCAAUAAGUCACGCGAAUCGGCCAAGUCAGUGGACCGCGAGCUGAACAAGCAGCCAAAGGAAAAGUCUGAGGCCGCCGUAAAACUUUCCUCGUCAGCUCCUAACUCAAUUAGCAAGCUAAAGAUAUCGUCUGCACUCAAAAUGAAACUGGAAGCCGUCACAUCCAAACACACUGAACGGACUAACGGUAGCACCGACUCCAAGGACACGCCCGAUGGAGGGCGCCAGAAGGUGGUGCCCAAGAAGCUGGACAUGUCCAGAAGGCUACUGCUUCAGCAGCAGCUUGGAUCAGCGCAGCCAGCUGAGAAGGUGACGUCGCCUCGGGCCGCCGAAGACCGCUCCUCUCGCCCAGGGGUACCGCCUCCGCCGCCACCCAUCGGUCCCCUACAGGUCACCAUUCCACCGCACCGGACCGCUUCAGCGGGAGACAGCAGCUCGUCAGAGAGCUCUCCGGUGAUCGCGGACCGCCGCUCGCCGCCGCGGCCGAUCCAGCCGAUACGCGGUGACCGCCGUCACCAGAGACCCAGCCGAAUUGAGCCAGACAGAAGGAGCAACGCCUCAGAGACGACGCACGUCACUGAGAAAACGGAAAAAUACGAGCUGGAGGAAUCAGAAGGUUUCCUGCGGCCGGUCGACUCCUACCGUCAGCUGGCCAUUAGCAGGGACCUGGAGUCGGUUAGGACCCUGGAGGCGGCCAAAACCCGCCUGUUCCCACCCAGUGACGCGCCUUUCGUCACCUACAACCGGGUCAGCUGGAAGCUAGACGUGCGGAAGGAGGUGUUUUCCCCAACCGAGGACGUCACCAACGCCACGGCCCUGCACCUGGUGUUCUGUCAGAUCGUACAGGAUGUCUUCAACCCGGCCUGUAUCCGCAUCAGUCACGCAGAGAGGGCCGAGGCGAAACAGAAACUGGACGAUCUGGGCGUCACCUCUGCCAACAUGCAGGCCACCCAGCUGAAGCUCUCGGUGAAGCGGCAGGUUUUGGAGCUGGCCAGGCAGUGGCCAACAUACUUCUGCAUGCUCUUCCCCGUCUCGGGAGGUCGGAACAACCCCCUGGUCCAGUUCCUCGGGGUUUCCCACUCCGGAGUUCGGCUGCUGAGACGGGAGAAGGCGGUACCCAACGACUUCCUCAAGGUCAUCGAUCACGUCCCAUUUGACGAGAUCGGCUCGGUCACCGAACACAGGGGCUCCUCCGUCCAGCUGGUGCUGAAGAACGGGGCUCGCCAGGCCUUCCACACGUCCAAGGCCAGCACCCUAACCGACAUGCUGGAGCGCUUCGUCGCCGAGAGCCAGUCGGGCUCGCACGAGUACGUCCGAGCGACAGCCGACUACACAAGCCACGAUCCGUCUCUGCUCAGUUUUAUGAAGGGAGACCUCAUCAGAGUCAUCAAGAAGAGCCAACCGACCGAGAAAGGCUGGCUGUUUGGCUUGCUGGACGGCCGCCGGGGCACCUUCCCAGCCCAGUUCGUCACACCGGUCGGCAAAAACUCGUCCCGGUCACAGAGCAAGAUUUCGAUCACCAACGGCAGUAACCCGGUGCUGGCGGCGGCGGCGGGGUCUCCAGUACCGACAGACGCCUGGUCCACCCGACCCCCGGACGACCCUCGUCUAGAGGUCGAAUCGGACAGUGACCUUUCCACACACAGUCCCGCCGGAGGUGACGCGUCCAAUGAGGGCCUGGCCGCGGGGCAUAAACCGACACAGGAUGAUGGGAAGCACUCGCUGCUGCAGUACGCCAUGCUGCACUUCCGGGAUGCCGAGGAAAAAUAUAACAUGCUGCGUGAAGAGGGAGGUGCCACCGGCUCCAUCAAAUUCGAGAAGAAAAAGGGCAAGAAGAAGGGCAAAGAAGACUGGACAUGGCGAGAGCAGGUGGAGAUGGUCAAGUGGUCUGACCAGCCACUCCAGGCCUCUCUGCUGAAACUGGAGUCGGCAGAGAGAGCGGGAUCGCACGGGAAGGCAGAGUCGGGAGAGCUGAACCGACAGGCCCUCGACUGUUUCCUGUCGAUACAGCGGUACAUGGGAGACCAGCCCAUGGCCAAGGAUAUGGCAGAGGUGGACUGCGUCUACACUAUUCUGAUGGCCUGCCACCGCGCCGUGCCACUACGUGAUGAAGUGUACUGUCAACUGAUGCGUCAGACCACCAGCAACAAAUCCACCCACCCCGACUCAUGUCAGCGAGGCUGGCGGCUGUUCAGUAUCGUGGCAGCGUACUUCUCGUGUUCGGAUGGACUCCGACCGUAUCUGUUCAAGUACCUGGAGACGGCAGCGUAUGACAAGCGACGCGCUUAUCAUGGCACGGCCAUGGUCUGCCUCCAGAACCUCCGCAAGACAUUCCGCUUCGGCGGACGGAAGAACGUCCCUAGCAUCGAGGAGAUCACGGCCAUCACAGCCGGCAGAAACUCGAAGCGACAGAUCUACCGCCUGCCGGGAGGCACCGAGCGCGUCAUCAACACGAGGAGCACCAGCGUGGUACAGGACAUUAUUGAGGACAUCUGUUCAGUGAUCAAGAUCCGCACCCGAGAGGAGAUGGACGAAUUCAGCUUGUACUGCAUCGUCGAGGGCGACACGUUCACCAUGCCGCUGGCUAGAGAGGAAUACAUCCUGGAUGUCACUACCGAGCUGCAAAAGAACGAACAGAUCUUCUACCUGAUCUUCUGUCGCUCGGUGUGGUACUUCCCACUGCGACUCGAGUCUCAUCUCUACGUGGAGGUGGUGUUCAACCAGAUCGCACCCGACUAUCUGGAGGGUCUGCUACUCGUCAUGCCCGGAGAAACGCUCCAUGAGGAGGUGGUGUACGACAUCUCCCGCGUGGCUGCACUGCUGCACCGUGCCGCCGACAUGAGUGCGGUACCCACCAUGAAAGAGACCAAGUACCUGCUGCCCAAGGCGGCACUGAUGGUGCGAGACAUCAAGCCGCCCCAGUGGGUGAACAUGGUACAGGACAGCUGGUCCGAGGUCCAUGACAAGACCCCCAUGGAGGCCAAGGCGGCCGUGCUUGAAAUCCUGGAGCGCUGGCCCCUGUUCGGCUCCUCAUUCUUCGCCGUGAGCCGAGUGACCGAGAGCAGAGAGGCCGUGGAUCACAUCCUGGCCCUCAACCGCGGCGGUGUGCACUUCCUGGAUAGCGUCACUCAUGUAAGUGCUCUCUGA